GGUGCCAUGCUGGAUUCUUUCUUGCCUGCCUGUAUAUGCUCAUAAGAGAGACAGGGCAGCUCACAAGCAUCAGCAACCCCACCACCUUCUUUCUGUCUCUCCUGCUAUGUGACCACUGCACUGGUGUAGCUAGCUACUUGCAGCUCCAGCUUAAGAGGGAGGAAGAAGAGGCGCCCUGUUCUAGGUAGAGCUUCAGAGUUCUCAACAGCUCCAAGAAGAACCAUGGACAUGGAGUCCGAUCAAGCAACCCUGCCUCCUCAUGUCAGAUGUUGAGGAUACAAAGAAAGAUGAGACCACAAAAGAUGCAGUACAAGCAGCUGUCCCAGUGCAGGAAUGUAGUGAAGCAGAAGAAGAAAGCAAAGUUGCUGCUGACACAUCAUUUGAAAUAACUACAUCUGCACCUGCUACCGAAUCAGGGGCUGCUGAAACUGAAACUGAAACCGUUGAAGCAAUUUCGGCUGAAGCGACCAGUGCAGCAGAAAACCUUGUAGAAAAGAGUGAAAACCCCCAUGCUAAUAUGAGCAUUCCUGCCGAUUCAACUGCCGAAAAUGCAGGUGCUAAAAUAACUACUGAAACUGGUGGUAUUGCAGAAUCGGAGACCAAAUUACUAGAGCAACCUCAAGCCAGCCCACCAACCAUGCAGGAGCUACCUGCAACAGAAGAACCAGCCGGAGACACAAUAUUCACUGCUGAACCUGAAUCACUAUUGCAUGGCUUGACACCUGCUGAGGCAGAAACCAUAUCCAAAUCAGAAGAAGAGGACGGCGACAAGGCUUUGCGAAGUGGCAGAGCUGAUGCAGAUGUUGAAAAACCAGUCCAAUUAAUUGGGGAAGCUGCGACUGAUGGCUCAACACUAGCAGCAUCAGAUGCAACCGCUGGUAGUGAGGAUCACAAGGAAGCACCUAAAGACGAAAGUGCUGGCGAGAUAGUUGAAGCAUUAGCAUCAAAUUUAGCUCAAGCUCAGGCAGCAUCUUGUGUGACAACUACUAUUUCUGACGAUGCCAAUGAAACGGCUAAUGCUGGUGACAAGGUUGAAGAAUUGACAUCAGAAGAAGCUGAUGAACCUGAAGCAAUAAGUCAUCCAGAUGUCACCGCUCCUGUUGAUGGAGUGAGUGUUGGUCAAGAUACUGAAGCUAUUAGAGAAUCAGACAGUGUUGGUGAAGAACCUGUUCCAGUUAGCUCUACUGAGAAUGUGCAGAAUGAUGAAGCAAAGCCAUGUGAAGGUCAAGAGGGCGUUGUUGAGGCACCAAACAGCGUUGAAGAGAAAAUCUCAGAAGUUGAAGCUGUGCAAGAGAACAACAAUAAUGGGAGCCGAAGUGAUGACAUGCCUUGUGUUGCCGAGGUGGCGGUUACUCCUGAAGUUGUUGAGCUGAUCAAGAGGAGAACGUUGCAAGGCCUACUCAUGGCUGAGAAGAACACUGAAAAAUUAGCGAUUGGAGACCAACCCACAGACUCCACCGCUGUGUCUCAUUCCAUGACGGACCAAGAGUUUGAUUCUAACAACUGUGUGGAGGAAACUCCUGACUUGUGUAAAGAGAAUAUUGCUGCAGACAAUAGUGACUUGGUUGUAGCUACAACUGAAACUGCCAAAGCAGUUGAGGUGAAGGACCACUCAAUCGUCACCGAGCAAGUAGUGAAGGAAUUGGUUCUUGAGGAUCCUAAAUCUGCUGCAGAGGAUACAAAAGAAACAAAAAGUGUUGCAGAAAGAGACCUAGGACAUAUCUCUAAUGAAGAAGAGAAACAAGGAGAUGCACACAAGGCUGACUCCACUCAAGCUGUGAAGUCUUCUCAGCGCCAUACCAUCAACAUCAUGUCCAAGGUGAAGCAGUCCAUCGUCAAGGUAAAAAAGGUGAUUGUUGGAAAGUCACCGAGCUCCAAGACCUUGACACCACCGGUCGAGGCAGGUGAAAUCAACCUGAAGUGAGCAGCAUUUGAAGUAUAACUUAUAUAUUUACUGAAAAAAAGUUGUUAUCACUCUUCAAUAUAUCACUCUUUGGGUUCCCCAUGCAUCUUCCGUCUUUAUCUAUUCUAGCAGUCAACAAGUAAAUGCUCUACGAAGCACUGGGAAUCAUCUGUGCAAUUGUACUAUUUUAUUUCUCUUGUUUUAAUUGGAUCAGUCAUGAUCUAUGCAUAGGUUCGGUCUUGUUUAUUUUAUGUUUCUUCUAAUUUCUGUAUCUUCUACCUAAUGUAAACCUAUUGAUUGUUAAGGCAUGUAUUGUAUGUGGCUUUAUUUU